UUAUAUUGGAAUACUCUGUUGACAAGUAGAUACCAUUUCACCUCUGCUAGGGUGAGUGCUGGCAGCUGCUUCCUGUUAAAUGCACUUCUCAAUGCCCGUGCCCUAAGUGAGUUGUGCAAUAAAUGAGCUGUCACUCCGAACAGGUGGGAAAGAAGUGAACUGCUUGUUCACCUGCUGCUGUUGCCACUGCUGGUCCAGAAAUAGAAGGCAAGACAGGUGAGAACUGUUUUUCCUUCUGUCAGGAAAGAUUCUAAACUGAGGUAAUGUUUUGCAUUGAGUCCUGGGGUUUUGUGGUUUUGGGAACCAACAGUAGUCAAAGUAUUUUCUCUUGGUAACUGCUUCCCCUCUAGGCCAUAAAGGCUCCUUUCUUUAAAAAAAAAAAAAAAAAAGCACAAAAAAACAAAGACAAAAAAACCUCCAAGCUCCCUUCAGUAGUUGCUACACCUUCAGAUUGAGACAUCCUUCCUCAUUUACAAACCUCAGCUGUGUCUGGGGGAAGGGCCGCAGUGAAACUGCCAGGAGCAAAAAGGCUUCCAAGAAAAAGUACCACAUCAGACUGGAAACUGGGGACAGAUCAUUCCUGGGAUGUGACGGUCACCAGAAGGCUCCCUCUCCAAAGGAUUUAAGGACCAAAGCUGACAGUUUCUUUACUUGCAGGUAGCUGACAGCAUUUACUCCUGAAGACCGGAAACAUGGCUUGUACCAUCCAAAAGGCAGAAGCACUUGACGGGGCUCGUUUGAUGCAGAUCCUCUGGCAUGAUGAGGAAGAGUCUCUCUACCCAGCUGUAUGGCUGAGAGACAACUGCCCAUGCUCUGAUUGCUACCUGGAUUCUGCAAAAGCACGGAAACUUCUAGUCGAAGCUCUUGAUGUGAACAUUGGAAUUAAAGGCUUGACAUUUGACAGAAAAAAGGUGUACAUCACAUGGCCCGAUGAGCAUUACAGUGAAUUCCAGGCUGAUUGGCUGAAGAAAAGAUGCUUUUCCAAGCAGGCCAGAGCAAAGCUCCAAAGAGAAUUGUUUUUUCCAGAAUGCCAAUACUGGGGCUCAGAGCUCCAGCUACCCACUUUGGAUUUUGAAGAUGUUUUAAGAUAUGAUGAACAUGCAUACAAGUGGCUCUCCACCCUCAAGAAAGUAGGCAUAGUACGACUCACCGGAGCAUCUGACAAACCAGGAGAAGUUUCAAAACUUGGGAAAAGGAUGGGUUUCCUCUAUCUCACAUUUUAUGGACAUACUUGGCAAGUGCAAGACAAAAUCGAUGCAAACAAUGUGGCUUACACAACUGGGAAGCUAAGCUUUCACACUGAUUAUCCAGCCCUCCAUCAUCCACCUGGGGUUCAGCUUCUUCACUGCAUAAAGCAAACAGUCACAGGGGGUGAUUCAGAAAUUGUAGAUGGGUUUAAUGUGUGCCAAAAACUAAAGAAAAAUAAUCCUCAGGCAUUCCAGAUUUUGUCCUCUACCUUUGUGGACUUUACAGACAUUGGAGUGGAUUACUGUGAUUUUUCUGUACAAUCAAAACAUAAAAUUAUAGAGUUAGAUGAUAAAGGCCAAGUGGUUCGCAUCAACUUCAAUAACGCAACUAGGGACACAAUAUUUGAUGUGCCUGUUGAGAGAGUUCAGCCUUUUUAUGCUGCUCUGAAGGAGUUUGUUGAUCUCAUGAACAGCAAAGAAUCUAAGUUUACCUUCAAGAUGAAUCCAGGUGAUGUGAUUACUUUUGAUAACUGGCGCUUACUUCAUGGCCGACGUAGCUAUGAAGCAGGAACUGAGAUAUCCCGCCAUCUAGAAGGAGCUUAUGCUGACUGGGAUGUGGUCAUGUCAAGGCUUCGUAUCUUAAGGCAGAGGGUCGAGAAUGGAAACUGAAGUCUCCUGUAGAUAAUUUUAAUAAGAUUCCAAUGACUAUAUUUUGUGAGAUAUGGCACAUUAUUCACAGACCAUGAUCUUUGUCAUUUACAUAUAAUUUCCUUAACAAUGAACAUGUAACUUCUCUCACAAGAGUACUCUUUACUUUGUAAUCAUAUACAAUGUCAACUUUGUAGAUGUUUCACCACUCUUUUGCAAAUAAAGCAUCCUUUCUGCUCUGUU